AUGUUUCCUUUUGACCACUCCGCCCUUCCGCAGCUCACAACCCGCAAGGCCCUUAUCGGUGUUGAUUUUCAACACGAUUUCAUAGCCCAGGAUGGUGCACUGCCAGUCCCGGAGCCAGAGGGCCUUGUGGAUAGAACUGUCAAGCUCGCCAAAGUGUUUCGGGAUGUAGGAGAUGUCGUUUGGAUCCAAUCGCAGUUUGAGGAGACCCGGCCUGUUUUCGAGGACCAAAUUAUCGUCACAGACAAUAAGCCCCUAUUGCGUCCCUCUUCGAGGGGUCGAGCGAAGCUGCUCCCAGUCGAGGAUCUCGACGUGGCUGGACCGCCGGAUGCAGAGGCUUUCCUCAGCCACGAAGAACCUGUGUGUGUCAAGGCGGACACACCGGGCUGCCGCAUAGCUGCGGCCAUUGAAGAGGCAUCGCAGAAGACGGACAUCAAAUUAACAAAGUCGCACUAUUCGGCGUUCCAGACGACACAACUGUUGCGUAUAUUGCGCGCCAAGAUGGUUAUGGAGCUUUUCAUCUGUGGUUCCUUGACCAAUAUUGGCGUCCAUGCAACGGCACUCGAUGCUGCGGGUCACGGCAUGGCCAUUACGAUUGUUGAUGAUUGCUGUGGCUAUCGAACAGAGGCUAGAAAGGCAUCGGCGAUUGCAUCCUUGAUCGAACUCACUGGCUGUGAGGUUGCCUCGUACGAGGAGGUCCUGGAGAGCCUGCAGCCUAAACCAAAGACACCCAAGGCGUCGCGCAGCAAGGCAUCCUCACAACAGUCGAAGCGCAUGGAACCAUCACGAAGUGUCAAGUCCGGCGGAGACAAGGACGUGCGCGACAAGAGUCUCUCACCAUCAAUCGUCAAGAACAUGACAGGCCUGCGAUUAGCUUCAGAUUCGCCAAGCCCCGCACCGACUGGGACUCAGCCUCAGAAAAAGGCGUCGACUACAAGCGCAGCUGAACGCCAUGACUCAGAGGUCAAACCACCUUCGAAGACCGACGAAUCGAAUGACGUUUCUCAGACAAAAACAUCAGAGACAAAGGACACAAAAGAGAUACAGGAUGUUGGUGAGGCGGCUGCUAUUAAAGGAGAAGCCGGGAAGGCGGUUGAGACCAAAGAAGAAGAGACACCAUCUAAGAACACCAAUAAAGACGAACAACAAUCCAAAACAUCAACAACAACACCACCCCAAGUAGAUCCGGACAUGGCCCAGACCAAGACUCCGAUGGAAAACGAAGAAGGCCAUCUCCUGCAGAAGGGUCUCUGCGAGGGAGACACUGAUAUCAUCGAGAAUGUCCUUCCAGACACUCUUGUCGAUGGCAUCUUUGAGAAGCUACGUGACGAGGUCCAGUGGCAGCGCAUGUCGCACCAAGGCGGAGAGGUCCCACGACUGGUGGCCGUCCAAGGCGAGGUUGGUGAAGACGGCACCAUCCCAGUGUACCGUCAUCCAUCCGACGAGUCUCCCCCACUGCUGCCGUUCUCUCCAACCGUUCUGGCCAUCAAGGCCGAGACGGAGAAGCAUCUUGGCCACCCCCUGAACCACGUCCUGAUCCAGUACUACCGUGACGGAACCGACUACAUCUCUGAGCAUAGCGACAAGACCUUGGAUAUUGUCCAGGAUUCUUAUAUCGCAAAUGUCAGCCUGGGUGCCGAGCGAACCAUGGUCUUCAGAACAAAGAGACGGGAUAAGGACCCAUCUCGAGACGAAGCCUCGCCAGCCGAUCUAAAGAGGAAAAUCCAGCGCGCCAGACUUCCACACAACUCUUUGUGUCGAUUGGGCCUGAAGAGCAACAUGAAGUGGCUUCACGCCAUCCGCCAGGAUAAACGACCAAAGAGCCAAAAGACUCCAGCCGAGCUGGCCUACGAUGGCGGCCGAAUCUCUCUGACAUUCCGCCAGAUCGGAACGUUCCUGAACCGUGAAGAGACUCUCAUCUGGGGUCAGGGCGCCAAGGCCAAGACGCAAGAGGAGGCUCAUGCUGUCAUCAAUGGCCAGACUGACGAGGCCAUCGAGAUGCUCAAGGCCUUUGGGACGGAGAACCACGCCACAGAGUUCGACUGGGAUGCCCACUAUGGCAAGGGGUUCGACGUGCUGCAUAUGAGCAACGCACCGCGACUCUUUACCUGCGGGGAUUCAGUGGCCAACAUGCGUGCCGCCCUCAUGCUGGCAGAAUACGGGGUGAACUACGCAAAGGGAAGCAUCACGGCAGGCCCCGACUCUGGCCCAUCCAAUACUGAGAGCGGCGCCAUCAAGUUCACAGACAAGGACAAGUCAGCUGUUCAAGGUGACUUGGCUGUCAUGCUGUAUCUCGAUGCUCGCUAUGGUCUCGGCAAGCCUGGAAGCACCGCCCGAAGCCCAAAGGAGCUGGCUACCCAGUUCACCCGCUUCCAACGUGCAAUGUCAGUCCUGGAUGCCUGGCGCAGCUUGCCCAAGGACACCGCCAGCGGGAAGCGUGACCUCAAGUCCCUCAAGCACGAGCUCGAAGUCUGGGAUAGUUUCGUCGCCGAGACUGAGGGAGCUUUCCUUGCCGGCUCGGAGCUGUCUCUGCCUGACUUCGCCCUCUGGCCUGUCUUGCAUUCUAUUGUGGAGGAGUCAGGGCUGGAAGCUCUAGAAGGAUUGGAUAAACUGAAGGAUUACUAUGAGAGAGUGGCGGCAAGAUCUAGCGCGAAGAAGGUUCUGGGCAAGGGGUCGACUGCUCCUCCUCCUCAGGCUGAAGAGCCAUCUACCAGCACUUAG